AUGUCAUUUUUAUCAUCUUCAUUAUCAUCAAUGACAUCAUUUUCUUCUUCAUUUUCUUUAUCAAAAAGUUUACAUAAUUUAUUUAAUCAAAAUAAUCAAAAUAAUAAUAAUUCACCAAAAUUAAAUAUUAUUAAUAAUGAAAAAGUGGUACCAUGGAAAUAUUCAGAUACACCAUUAGAAAAUGGUAUUGGAUCUAUUGAAAUGGAACAUAUACAAUUAUCAUCAUAUAAAUUAAAUGCUUCCAAAGAUUUGGUAUCAAGUGGUCAAUUAAUGAUUGGUACUACACCAAUUGAAAGUUUGGAUAUUGGUGGAAAUGACGGAGGUGAUGGUAGAGGAGAAGAAAAGAAAAUUGAAUCAACAUUAUAUUCCUGUGAAAAGAACGGAUGGCAAGGUUGGAAGACCAUUCGAAUCAUUGGUGAAAGAUAUGUAUUUGGACUAAUUGUCACAAUCUCAGUUUCCAUUUUAAUAUUUAUAAUGAGUAGUUUAAAAUGGUCUGGUGAUGCAAAAGAUUCUUCUGGUUAUUUAAAUAGAUUAAAUUAUUCUAUAUUUUUUAUUUGUUCAAUGAUGUUUUUUGGAACCAUUUAUAUUUCUUUGGGAUUUUGUGCAUCAUAUUCAUUUUCAGUUUUAAAGAAAUCGGGUGUAUUAUAUUAUGUAUCAACGCUAUCUGUAUUUAUUAUUAUAUUUUACGCAGUAUUGACAUACAAGGAGGUUGAUUUCUGGUACUAUUAUAUUGAUGCAUUGGGUGUAGUUGCACUAUUUGUUAUUGGACAAGUUUUGUUUUCCUAUCAAGUAUCGGCAACACUAUUAAAAGAGGGUCAAGAAACAACACAAACAAAAAAUCAAUUACCACCAACUCCAGACAUGGUUGGUGUACAACAAUCAUCUCGACCAUCACCACCAAUUUCCAUUUCAAAAUCCAAACCAAAGGAAAAGUCAGAAAAGAGAAAAGCAGUCAUGAUUGCAUUCAAUUAUACUGCACCCGAUGUAGUAGUCACCAUCUUUUCCGUAUUCUAUAUGUUUUUCCUUUUACCAAUCUAUUUUUCAAUCGAUAAUCCAAUCAUUCGUUUGGGUUGGAGAUUACUCGUCCAUCCAUUAUAUUGGGCUCUCAUCAUUGCCAUUGCAAGACAAUUUUUAACAAAAGAUAUUUCUACAAAUGAUAUUUUAUUAAAUAGUAAUAUUGUAUUACAUACAUUUUUUCAUAGUCAUACAUUGGGAAAAAUAUUUGUAUUUACAUUAAAUGAUGAAGGAUGGUCAGGAUUAACAGAGAUUGCAAUGAUUGUAUCAGCGGUAGAAGAUAUUAUUAUUCGAUGUGUAUCUUUAAAACGUGAUGAAUUUAUUAUUGGAUUAUUUUAUGGUCGUGAAGCUGCAAGACAAAGUGUCUAUUUACAACAAAAUCUACAACUGAGAGCAGCCAUUUUAAAUAUUCAAGUGGCACUUGAAUUCUCUGGUCUCAUUACAGCACCUCUAUUUAUUUAUCUUUUCCAACAACACCGCUUAGUUUUCCACUUUUUCGAUGGUGGUGAUAUCGUUGUAACUACUCUAAUCUAUCAAACAAUACUUAGUCUUGGUUUGGAUCUAAUAUCAGAACUGUUAUCUACCUAUGUCGAAUGUAGAUUCUUUCAUCUUCCAAUAUCAUUUACAUGGGAGUGGAUGAAGGGAAACAAAUGGUUUUUGGCUUGGUUGACCUAUGGUGCUCUGACAAUGGGUCUUUUAGGUAUGAUCUGGUUAUGUUGUCGUACUCCAAGAGCUAUACUAUGUACAAAAAAUGAUAUUUGUUCUUGUAAUGCUAUCAUUGCUAGUACUUUACCUUCUUGGUGUAAUCAAGAUUAA